CGUCCCUUUCCCCACUCUUGCCUGUUUGAGUGAAGGUAUCAGGGUCUCGUUUUCCCUUUGUUGUUUCGUGGAAGCCAUUUUGCAGAAGUCAUUACCUUUGUCUUCCUCGUCUCGUUGUAGUUCUUCUUCCUCGAAGAAUGACGAAGAGCCUUCCUCCAUUCUGCACUGGGCGACCAUGGCGAAGUUUCUCCCUUCUCGUCGCAUACUCCCUACCAGAACUCUCCCCCGAUUCAGCUCAAGGCUGUUCGGUCAAGCCAUUGUCCAUGCCCACCUGAAGCAGAUUCAGAGAGCCCAUGCCCACCUCCUAGUGAAUGGCCUCCAUGAGGACGACAGCCUCUUAGCAGACACCAUCUUCCACGCCAAACAAGGCUCUUACUAUGACAUUCUGUACUGCCGCCUAAUCUUCGAUCGGAUCCCCAGCCCCACGGUUUCUACAUGGAACUGUCUGAUCAGGCUCUAUGCAGAUUCCUACUGGGACGCCUCGUAUUCCUUCCUUCUGUACCGGGAAAUGCGGCGUCGGGCAAACCAGCCUGACCAUCUUACGUUUCCCUUCUUGCUCAAGGGCUUAGGCAAUGGUGGGACGCUUUCAGACGCCGUUUGCGUCCACACCCAUGUUCUGAAAUCGGGAUUUUUGUCGGAUUUGUUUGUACAGACCUCGUUGAUGAGUUUUUAUACGAAAUUUUGUUGUAUGGAGUACGCACACCAAAUAUUCGAUCAAAUGAGUGAACGAGAUACAGCGUCUUGGAACGUUCUGAUUGGUGGGUAUUCGCAGAAAGGCUGCUUAGGAUCCGUCUUUUCGGUUUUCCAGGGGAUGCGGCGUCUGUCUUAUUGCUCACCGGAUUGUAUCACAGUUAUGAGUUUGAUGCAGGCCUGUGUGGGGGAAGACAAUCGGCAAGUCGGGGAGUCCAUUCAUUGUUUGGUAAUUAAGAAUGGCAUGGAGAAGGACGUUUCAGUCAAGAACACGCUGAUUGCCAUGCUUGGCAAGUGCGAAGAUAGCGAAUCGGCCGAGUUAUUAUUUAGUGAAAUGGACCCGCUUGAUCGGAACACGGUGUCUUGGAACGCCUUGAUUUCAGGUUGCUGUUGUCAAGAGGAUUCUACCGGAGCAGUAAAUAUUUUCAAUCGGAUGCUGCAGUCGGAUGAAAGACCUGAUCUGGGGACUAUUUUGAGCUUGGUCUCAGCAUUGGCUGAAUUUGAUAUGCUGCCGGCUGGAGGAAGCAUUCAUUGUUAUGUUCUCAAGGCUGGUUUCGAUUCAAACAUCUCCGCGGGGAAUGCAAUUAUUUCAAUGUAUUCAAAAUGUGGGGAUGCGCAGGCUGCAUAUCAAGUUUUUGCUGAGAUGAGAACGAGAAACCGCGUCACCUGGACUUCCAUUGUUUCUGGGUUUGCUCAAAGUGGUUGCUCAGAUGAAGCUAAACAGUUAUUCAAGGACAUGUUAAUGGCUGGUGAGAAACCUGAUUCCGUGACUAUAGUCGCCAUGCUCUCUGCUUGUAGCAUCUCGGGGGAUCAUGAAUAUGGAAAAUGGAUACAUGACUACACAAUUGCAGGAGGGCUCAUUACUAAUGUCAUUGUCUGCAACGCGUUGGUGGACAUGUAUGCUAAAUGCGGCAGCAUGAGUGAUGCUCGCCAAGUUUUUGAAAGAAUGCAGGAGAAGAACAUUAUCUCUUGGACAACUAUGAUACUGGGUUACGCCAUGAAUGGAGAGUUCAAAGAGGCACUCAAUAUUUUUUCUGAGAUGCUGAAGUUGGGCAUAAGACCUAAUCAUGUUACUUUUCUUGCUGUUCUCUCAGCAUGCGUUCAUGGUGGUCUAUUGGAGAAGAGCCUACAGAUUUUUCACUCCAUGACUGCUACGUAUCAUAUACUUCCCAGGUUAGAGCACUAUGCUUGUGUCGCUGACCUUCUAGGUCGCCAAGGGAACAUCCAACAAGCACUGGAUUUAAUACAAAGUAUGCCCGUUAGACCUGAUGCUGGUAUAUGGGGUGCCUUGCUGGGAGCUUGCAGAAUUCACCACGAAAUCGAGAUAGGAGAGUUUGUUGCAGAGAGACUUCUGGAGCUAGACCCAAGUGCUGUUUCCCAUGUUUCCAUGGCCAAUAUAUAUGCAGGAGAAGGGAAAUGGGAAGGUGCUGCAAGAUUAAGAAUGAUGAUGAAGUCGAAGAAAGUAAAGAAAACACCUGGUUGCAGUUUUGUUCAAGCAAAUGGCAGUACUCAUUCAUUUGCUGUUGAAGAUAGGUCACAUCCUGAACAUCGGAUGAUUUAUGAAGUUGUUGAUGGGUUGGCAUUACAGCUGAAGGGCAUUGAAGUCGUGGAAAUUGAAGAAGCGGUAAAUUUUUGAAGUGCAUUUUUCUAGCUAUGCACCUGAGUCAGAGUUCUUCAAUUGACAGAUGGUUUGUUUUCCAAGUGUUCCUCCGCCUUGCUAUGAAACAGAUUUCUUCUUCAGAAUGGUUGUUCUGUUAACACCCAUCCAACCGUUAAAGACCAGCAAAUCCACUAUCUGCUCCUGGACAUCCAUUUAAGCGGGAACCCAGGCAGCAGUAGGCCAGCUUUAAGCACCUCAAACUUUUGGUUCUUAGAUUGUUGUGGAGGUUGGAACUAUUCCAUGAGGAUAUCAGGGAUAUAUUCAUCAGCCUGUUAUUUCCACCAGCUGAAUGAGGUUAAGCUAGACUGAUUUUCUAUGGAUCUUUGGUUCGCAAAAUGAUCUACAUCUGCGACAGGUCUGCAGAGAUUAAUUGUAAAUACAGCAUGGUCUUAAUAUCUAAACUAAUUCAGGUGUAGGGGCCUCCAAUUUGGAUUCC